AUGAAGACGGUUCUUGCUGUAGUCCUUUCUUUGACUGUUGCCAUUGGGCUUGUAUCUGUCAUUUACCUCUGUUCACAGAAAAAGGAGAAAAAAAUCAGAAAAACUCAUAUUUUUUUACGUGAUCUUCAAGAUGAUGAAACAGAUUUUACAAGUGCAGAAUCCAAAUGGUUUGAAUUAAGUACUCUCAGGGAUGCCACGGAUAACUUUUCUAACCAAAAUAAACUAGGACAAGGAGGAUUUGGAUCAGUUUAUAAGGGGACUUUGAAAGAUGGACAGGAUAUAGCUGUGAAAAGACUUUCAGCGACCUCAGGUCAGGGCUUGCAGGAGCUAAGGAAUGAGGUUAUCUUUGUCGCUAAGCUUCAACACAGGAAUCUUGUCAGGUUACUGGGCUGCUGUUUGGAUAAUAAUGAGAAACUCCUUGUCUAUGAAUACCUUCCUAAUUCUAGCCUUGAUAAAUUUUUAUUUGAUGAUAAUGGGAGUCAGCAACUAGAUUGGAGCAGCAGGUAUAAGAUCAUUGAAGGCAUUGCCAGAGGAUUACUUUAUCUUCAUGAAGAUUCACGCCUAAGGAUUAUUCACCGGGACUUGAAAGCAAGCAAUAUCUUACUGGAUGAAAACAUGAACCCCAAAAUUUCAGACUUUGGUCUUGCAAAGCAUUUUGGUUUGAACGAAACUCAAGCGAACACAACUAGAAUUGCUGGGACACAUGGGUACAUGGCACCAGAAUAUCUUAUGCGCGGAGAAUUCUCACCAAAAUCAGAUGUUUUUAGCUACGGUGUGCUGGUGUUGGAGAUUGUGACUGGCCAAAAAAACAGAGGCGUUGUGGGAUAUCAACCUGCAUCUGACCUUGUAAACAAUGUGUACAAACACUGGAAUGAAGGGAAAGCAUUAGAACUGAAAGACAAACGAAUCGGAGAGGAAUUCCCUGCCGAACAAGUGCUGAGAUGCAUACACAUUGGGUUGCUUUGCGUUCAGGAAGACCCAACAAAGAGGCCAUGCAUGGCUUUGGCUGUGAACAUGCUCAGCAGCUAUUCCACUUCUCUUCCACCGCCUUUAAUCCCUGGAUUUUUCAGCAAAAGUAGUUGUAUAAUGGAGUCAGAUGAGCACUCUGGUAAUGCAGAUAUCCAGUUGGUGGAAAGAAGAUACAGAAAUGAUUCCUCAAUGCAGCUUGCAAAUCUCACUUGCAUAAAUGAAAUUUCCAUGUCUGAUAUGGAACCUAGAUAAUGGUAAAGGCAUGCCUGAAAUUAUACUUAAAUUAGCUUUUGUUUAUUAUUUUUUGUAUUGAUUCCUUCAGAGUCUGAGGAUAAUCAUAAAUCUAAAGAUAUUAGUUAAUAUUUAACUUGCUUUCUAA